AUGGCACGCUUUUUCGGUCUCCCAGGAUCUCAGAACGAUAUCAAUGUUUUACACAAAUCGCCUUUGUUUGAGGAUUUAAAGUACGGAAUUAGUCCUCGGGUAAAUUUCGCUAUCAACGGGAAUCACUACACCCAUGGUUAUUAUCUUGCAGAUGGAAUUUAUCCAAAAUGGUCAACUUUAGUUCAAUGUUACCGUCAUCCAACUACUGGUGAAAUAGGUCGUUCAUACUCGUAUUUCAAUAGUAGACAAAUGGAACUGAGAAAGGAUGUGGAACGGGCUUUUGGAAUUCUGAAGCGGAAGUUCGCCAUCAUUUUUUGGCCUUAUCGUGGUUUAAGUGCUCGUGAAAUGCAUAAGACUAUGCUGAAUUGCAUUAUUAUGCAUAACAUGGUAAUUCAGCAAACCUGUCAUAAUAAGAAUCAGACUAACCAUGAAGAUGAAGAUUUAAGGCAUGAGAUUCAACCAGCAAGAGGAUUACCUGGAAGGAAUUAUGCGCAAAUGACUAGUCAUAUUGAGAACAAAACUUUGUAUAACAGGUUAAGGGAAGAUCUAAAAGCGAAUAUGUGGGAUGGGUUUUGA